AAAAAAUAAUGGGAGAAGCUGCGGGGAGCUGAGCUUGGAGGAUCCUGUACGUGAGGCUGGUGGCGGAGCCUGGAGAAGCAGGGUGAAAAAGUGUGGAAAGUUAGCAGGCACCCAUAUGCUGCUAACUUGAAAGGCCUUCCGCUUGCAGCAUCCCACCACGGCGGCACACGUGAAGCCCACUGUGUGCAGAGUCAUCGUCUAUUUGCAGAGAGAGAUGUCCGGAGACACUUGCCUGACAGCCAUGUGCCCAGCUUCGGGUGCCAAGCCGAAAACAUACAGCUUUAAAGGGGGCUGUCUGGGGAACAAGUAUGUGCGGCUCAAUGUUGGAGGUUCCUUGUACUACACCACGGUUCAGGUUCUCACAAGGCAUGACACCAUGUUGAAAGCCAUGUUUAGCGGCCGUAUGGAGGUCCUCACUGACAAAGAAGGUUGGAUUCUAAUUGACCGAUGCGGUAAACACUUCGGGACCAUAUUGAACUACCUUAGAGAUGACGCUAUUGCACUCCCAAAGAACAGACAUGAGAUCAAGGAGCUAAUGGCAGAAGCCAAAUAUUACCUCAUUCAGGGCUUGGUAGACCGGUGCCAGACAGCGUUACAGGAUAAGAAUGAUUCAUAUGAAGCUGUCUGUAACAUACCUAUUAUUACAUCACCUAAAGAAGAAGAAAAACUGAUUGAGUCAUCUGCCAAGCCUGUGGUCAAACUGCUGUACAACAGAAGCAAUAACAAGUACUCUUACACAAGCAACUCUGAUGACAACCUUUUGAAAAACAUCGAGCUGUUUGACAAGCUCUCCCUUCGCUUCAAUGGACGUGUGCUAUUUAUCAAGGAUGUGAUUGGUGAUGAGAUCUGCUGCUGGUCCUUUUACGGCCAGGGACGCAAGCUAGCGGAAGUAUGCUGCACCUCCAUUGUAUAUGCAACCGAGAAAAAACAGACUAAGGUUGAAUUCCCAGAGGCGCGAAUCUAUGAAGAGACUCUGAAUGUGUUGCUGUACGAGACCCCCCGGGUGCCUGAUAACUCUCUGCUGGAAGCCACAAGCCGAACACGAAGCCAGGCAUGCCACAGCGAAGACGACGAAGGUUUCGAGCUCCGGGACCGCGUGCGCCGUAUUCACGUCAAACGAUACAGCACGUAUGAUGAUCGGCAGCUCGGUCAUCAGUCAUCUCACAGGGACUGACUCCGGUCUGGAAACGCAGCAAAGAGCCUCUCUCUGCUUAGUUUUAGCCAAAAACCUCUUUGCAGGACAUAAUUAUCGUUUCCUUGCAAUUUAAUUCUUACACAUGAUGUAAUAUUAUCCGCACUGCGGUUUAAUGUGAAGCUUGUUUUAUUUGGAAAGUGCCAUGGAUUCCGUUAAGCCUGUUAGAUGGAGCAGGGAAAAUAUUUUGUUUCCUAGCGAACUCUUCUUUGAAAGCAGGAUGUUCCAUUUGUCCGACACCUAUAAAUAUCUGCUACUGGCUUCUUUUCCAUGAGAAUCUUAAAACAUCUGCUCAUCAUAUUUUUAUCAUUGCUUAUGAUUUCAUCUCAGUUACCCACAACAGUUAAUAAUAGUUAUGGUGCAGGUUUGACUAUUUAAAUGCACCGCUAUCUCAGAUUGUAGCCAUUGUUU